GAGAGAUGUAGAGAGAGAGAGACGUCAGUGGUAGAAGGAAGAGGAAGAUCAGGAAGAGUGUAUUGUUAGGAGAACAGGUCCACACUUCUGAAGCGUGCUUCAGCAAGCUGAGCUGAAACACACACACACACACACACACACACACACCAUUCCCAGAUCCGUCUCGAACAUCAGGACUUUAAAGCUCACUCUGCAGUGUCCAGUCUGGGAUGGAGCAAACAUUCAGAGCCGUCACACGCACUCCAGGCAUCAUCAUCUGGAGAAUCGAGAAAAUGGAGCUGGUUGUCGUUCCGGAGAAAACUCACGGGAAUUUUUUUGAAGGAGAUUGUUACCUUCUACUGUGUACGAUGAAGUCGGGCAGUACUCUGACAUACAACAUUCACUACUGGAUCGGCGGCGAGGCGAGUCAGGAUGAACAGGGCGCGGCCGCCGUGUACGCCGUUCAGCUGGACGACUUCCUGGGCUCCAGUCCCAUCCAGUACCGCGAGGUCCAGCAGAACGAGUCCAACAUCUUCUGUGGAUACUUCAAACAGGGCAUCAUUUAUAAACAAGGUGGUGUGGAUUCAGGGAUGAAACAUGUGGUGACCAACUCCAGUGACGUCCAGCGGCUGCUGCAUGUGAAGGGUCAGAGGAAAGUCUCCGCCAAAGAGGUGGAAAUGAGCUGGAGCAGCUUUAAUCUCGGAGACGUGUUUCUGCUGGACCUAGGAAAGUCCAUCAUCCAGUGGAACGGACCGGGCAGCAACACUCAGGAGAGGCUGAAGGCGAUGUUGUUGGCGAAGGACAUCCGUGAUCGAGAGCGUGGAGGACGAGCUGAGAUCGGUGUGAUCGAGGGAGACGCUGAGGACAAGUCUCCGUCCUUAAAGGAACUUUUGUGUAGCGUGAUCGGAGAGCGGCCCGCCAGUCUGCCCAACGGAACCUCGGACGAAAAAGCGGAUCAGGAACAAAUGUCUCAGGUCACUCUGUACCAUGUGUCUGAUGCUGAUGGGGAGAUGAAGGUGAGAGAAGUCGCCAGCAGACCUCUGGUGCAGGAUUUACUGAAUCACGAAGACUGUUAUAUUGUGGAUCAUGGAGGCGUGAGGCUGUAUGUGUGGAAAGGGAAGAAAGCGAAUAAAGCUGAGAAACAGGCAGCAAUGUCCCGAGCUGUGGAGUUUAUAAAGCAGAAAGGUUAUCCUCACAGCACUAGCGUGGAGGUGGUUCAUGACGGAGCGGAAUCAGCGCUGUUUAAACAACUGUUCCAGCGCUGGAGUGUUAAAGACCAGACAGUGGGGAUGGGACGCACAAACACUGUGGGGAGAAUCGCCAAAGUGACUCAGGAGAAGUUUGACGCCUCGAUGCUGCACGUGAUGCCUGAGGUCGCGGCGCAGCAGAGGAUGGUGGACGAUGGAAGUGGACAAGUUCAGAUCUGGAGGAUUGAGAAUCUGGAGCUGGCUGAAGUGGACUCUAGUCUCCACGGUUACUUCUAUGGAGGAGACUGUUACCUCAUCUUAUACACAUAUGAAGUUAACAACAGGAAGAACUACAUCCUGUACAUGUGGCUGGGGCGUCACGCAUCUCAGGAUGAGAUAACGGCCUGUGCAUUCCAGUCGGUGACCAUUGAUCAGCAGUACGGGAAUCAACCUGUUCAGGUGCGAGUGACCAUGGGCAAAGAGCCGAGACACUUCAUGGCCAUGUUUAAGGGCAGGAUGGUGGUGUUUGAGGGAGGAACCUCCAGGAAUUUGGACACAGCUGAAGAGCCCCCGGUGCGUUUCUUUCAGGUUUCUGGAACUGAUUCAUCCAACACCAAAGCCAUCGAGGUUCCAGCUGUCGCGGCUUCUCUCAACUCUAACGAUGUGUUCCUGCUGAAGAGUGAGAGCGUGGUGUUCCUGUGGUACGGCAAGGGCUCAAAUGGAGAUGAAAGAGCGAUGGCUAAAGAGAUGAGCGCUUUUCUCGGGAAAGGGCUUUCAGAGGAAAUCAUGGCUGAGGGACAGGAACCCAUCGAAUUCUGGCAGCUUCUGGGAGGAAAAACGCCAUAUGCAAACGACAAAAGGCUGCAGCAGGACGUGUCUGACCACCAGCCCCGUCUGUUCGAGUGCUCAAAUAAAACAGGAAAGUUCAUCGUCACCGAAGUGUCUCAGUUCACACAGGAUGACCUGAACGAGACGGACGUCAUGCUGCUGGACACCUGGGACCAGGUGUUCCUGUGGAUCGGGGUGCAGGCCAACGACACGGAGAAGAAGGAGUCCGUCACCACGUGUCAGGAAUAUUUGCGUACACAUCCCGGAAUGCGAGACCCCGAGACUCCCAUCGUUCUCAUUAAACAGGGCUUCGAACCCCCAACCUUCACCGGCUGGUUCCUGGCCUGGGAUCCGAACAAGUGGAGCGGUGGUAAAACCUAUGAGCAGCUGAGGGAGGAACUGGGCACGAUGGCAGAAGCAGUGACCAUCACCCCCCAAGCUGGAGGAGGAGGACUCACUAAUGGUGAGAGCGGUGGUCAGAGCAGCGCCGCUGCCGAAGAGGAUAAUCGAGUUUAUGAUCCUUUUCCUCUGGAGGAACUCAUCAACAAAUCAGCUGAGGAGCUCCCAGAGGGAGUCGACCCUGCCCGCAGAGAGAAACAUCUGUCGGACGAGGAUUUCUUCUCGGUAUUCCAGAUGUCUAAGGAUGGGUUUUAUGCCUUGCCGCAGUGGAGACAGCUGGACAUGAAGAAGAAACAUGGAUUGUUUUGAACUCCUUUGUGUUUAGCAAAGUGCUAGGAGUUAGCAAAAAUGCGUCCCAUCAAUGAAGCUCUAUUCUUUAUGUGUGCGUGUGUGUGUGCGUGUGCGCAUGUGUGUGAGUGUGUGUGUAAAAACCUUUACAGAUUUAGAGGUUAUAUUUUCUGUGCCUGAAUCAGACAUGUUCUGAAGUAUACACAUUCCAGUAAAUAAGGAGUAGUUUUUUUUUUAUUAUUUAGCGUCUUUCAUGGUUUAUGGGAUUAUUAACGAACUUUCCACGCUUUUAAAUAAUGUACAGACAUCAGCAUGAAGUAUAUUUAACCAUCAGGACUAAAUGCUGGCAUGUGGAGUCGUAGUGUUAUUGUUUAAACAUCAGCAUUUAAUUUAUGAGUCCACAAAUCUGACCUCAUUCAUGUGAAACACACGAGCUCUGGAAUAACAUAACACUGUUGAACACAGUGAAAUAUCUCAGAUUACUGAGUCUCCUAAAAAAACGAUUUUAUAAAAGAGUCUAUUGUAGACUUCCUACACACACACACACACACACAUAUACAUGCACAUACACAUGUAUGACCUGAAAUGCAAAUGCAUGCUGAUGGAAAAUGAAACAAAUAUAUGCAAAUGAUUGCUUCUAGGUCACACACACACAGAGAGACACACACACACACACACACAGAGACACACACACACAUACACAGAGACACACACACACACAUACACAGAGACACACACACAUACACAGAGACACACACACAUACACAGAGACACACACACA